AUGCACCAUGUCUCACCAGCACCGGCUCUGAUGAUGAUGGCCACCCAGACAGUCCCCCCUCCUCCCUACCAAGACACCCCACAGAUGACAGCCACAGCCCAGCAGCCCACCAAGGCCCAGCCUGUUCAUCUCCCCACCCCGGCCACCACCGCGCCGGUCCCUGCUGUGGCCAGCGACCCCCAGGUGCAGCUGGAGGCAGACAAACGAGCCGUCUACAGGCACCCGCUGUUCCCGCUGCUGACUCUGCUCUUUGAGAAGUGUGAGCAGGCAACACAGGGCUCUGAGUGCAUCACUUCAGCCAGCUUUGACGUUGACAUAGAGAACUUCGUCCAUCAGCAGGAACAGGAGCACAAGCCCUUCUUCAGUGAUGACCCUGAGCUAGACAACCUGAUGGUGAAGGCAAUCCAGGUGCUGCGCAUCCACCUCCUGGAGCUGGAGAAGGUCAACGAGUUGUGCAAGGAUUUUUGCAACCGCUACAUCACCUGCCUCAAAACCAAGAUGCACAGUGACAACCUACUCAGGAAUGACCUGGGGGGGCCAUACUCCCCCAGCCCCUCCUCCGUCAGCAUCCACCCCCAGGAGAUGCUGCAGAGCUCACCUGCAGCAUUGCCACCCACCUCCAACCCGCCGCCGGGCAUCGUGGUGCCAGCGGCCGCUCUGCCGCCGGGAAACUUGGCCAUGAGCGCCGGCAGCGGCUCGCCUGCUGUCCCAGGUGCAGCCUUGUACCAGCCCGUGACGAUGGUGACAUCGCAGGGCCAGGUCCUUGCCCAAACCAUCGCACCCAGUGCCCUGCAGAUCCCCAACACCCAGGUGAACCUGGAUCUCACCUCCCUCCUUGAUGGUGAGGACAAGAAGUCCAAGAACAAGCGAGGUGUUCUGCCCAAACACGCCACCAAUAUAAUGCGCUCAUGGCUCUUCCAGCAUCUCAUGCACCCCUAUCCCACAGAGGAUGAGAAGAGGCAAAUUGCUGCCCAAACGAACCUGACCCUCUUGCAAGUCAACAAUUGGUUCAUAAAUGCCCGGCGGCGCAUCCUGCAGCCAAUGCUUGAUGCCAGCAACCCGGACCCAGCCCCCAAAGCCAAGAAAAUAAAAUCUCAACACCGGCCCACCCAGCGGUUCUGGCCCAACUCCAUUGCCACUGGGGUCCUGCAGCAGCAGGGUGGCAAUUCGGGAACAAAUCCUGAUGGCUCACUCAGCAUGGACAACCUGCAACCCCUCUCAUCAGCCACAGCCACCAUGGCCAUGCAGCAGGCCAUGCUGGCAGCCCAUGACGACUCCCUUGACGGCACUGAGGAAGAAGAGGAGGAUGAGGAAGAUGAGGAUGAGAUGGAGGAAGAGGAAGAAGAGGAGGAAGAGCUGGAGGAAGAGCCUGGUGGCGUCCCAGCAGCGCCCAGCACCAACCUCAGCUUGGACCACAGUGACUCACUGGAGUAA